AUGCGGCUGGGGCUCCAGACUAUGCAUACCAGUGGAGGUCCUGGUGGCCCUGAUUCCACAUACGAGGAAAAGUUUUUCCACACAACUUCUGAUAAGCUCACAGCUGGGCUUGAUGACACACCGCACAUUGCACUUUCCAAGCCACGUGGUAUGGAUUGGAAACACGUGGGCUCAUGGAUGAAAAAGGCCUUGUGGGUGUCUGAUUGGCGUGCCACUGCUGACCCCACCGUCAUGUUCUCCCCCCGGCUGGGGGGAUUCAGGCAGAGCAUGACAUCAGUGUUUCACUGUCAGAAAACUGUACAGUUAGUAGAUGAUGAAACGCUCAUAUGUGUGUCUACAUCUCCCACAGAUCCCCCUCCCGCCUCUGUGCCACCCGAACUGGCUGAUAUCCCGCUUGUGUCGAGGCCACAAGGUCGUUGUUGCUUCACCUGGGGGAGGAGGGUCAUAAGGUCAGCGCCAAAAAAGCUCCAGUUUUGUAAACAGCAGGUUGUGUUUCUGGGGCACCUGAUCUCUCAGAACCAAAGGCUCAUCAAUCCUAAACGGAUUCGAGCCAUUCAGAACAUUGCUAGGCCGGUCACGAAAAAGCAGAUGAUGUCAUUUUUAGGUAUGACUGGUUAUUGCAGGGCGUUCAUUCCUGAUUAUUCUGAGCUCGAGCACCCUCUGACAUCAUGUAUUCAUGGUAAGGGCCUGAAUGCACAUGAUAGAGUUGUGUGGACAUCUGAGGCUGAACAGGCGUUCACGUCUCUCAAAAUGGCCUUGGGUUCUGCCCCUGCUUUGGCCCUCCCUGACCCGGCCAAACCAUUCACACAGACUGUGGAUGAGAAACGUGGGUUUAUGUCUUCUGUUUUGUUGCAGGCUCACGGUGACAGAUUACGCCCGGUGGCGUAUUUCUCCACUAAACUUGACUCUGUGGCUGCGGGUCUUCCUUCUUGCCUCCGUGCCGUCGCUGCAUGUGAAAAGGCUGUGGCUGCAUCACGUGACAUUGUUGGGUAUAACCCUUUGACUGUGUUGGUUCCACAUUCUGUCUCUGUCAUUCUUUUAGAGCAGAAGACCUCACAUCUGUCCGCAGCCCGGUGGCGCAGAUAUACCACCGUUCUGCUGGACAUGCCAAAUGUCACUGUGAAGCGCUGUACGACGCUUAACCCCGCCACACUACUUCCGACUGCUGAGGAUGGAGAACCUCAUUGUUGUGAGGCCGCGUUGGAGCAGACAUGUUCCCCUCGCCCGGACAUCUCUGAUGUGCCCUUGUCAAACCCUGACUUUGUUUUCUUCACAGAUGGUUCUUCUUUUAGGGACGCGUCUGGCACAAACAGGGUUGGUUUUGCGGUGUGCACGUCCGUCGACACGGUCUCCUCAGGCCCCUUGCCCUCACACUAUUCAGCACAGGCGGCUGAGCUCGUCGCUUUGACGGAGGCCUGUAAGUUGGCUGAGGGCCAUUCUGUCACUAUCUUUACUGAUUCCAGUUGUGAAAUGUCAGGCGCAUCAGAAGGAAGACACUGA